UGAUCUGGUCAACACGCCAACAACAUAAUUAUUAGAUUCAGCUUUUUAUAUUAUUAUUAUUGGGGGUUAAUAAAACUACAAAAAUAUAAGAUACCAUAUUUCUGAGUUAUAAACGGUUAGUAAAAUAGUAAGGCUACAGGACCGAGCUAAAAGAAUGUUGCAUCUCCAGAAAUAGACUCAGAGAGAAGAAAUUUCGUUUGAAGCGAUAAUCCCAUUUCCUAACAAGAAAAAACUUUAUUAUAGCGUUAUGACGUCAUCAAGUAUGGGUGGUCUUUCAAACGCAACCUCUACGGCUGUAUACGUCUGUAUUUCUUUGUUUCUUGCGAUUUUGAUUGGAGUCCUCUUUUACGUUCUUUGCUCGAAACGCUACAAGUUAAACUGGUUCGAGAAAUUAAAUCUUACUGCUGCAGAAGAAACCGAGAAAGUUCUACCUUCAACAUCUACCGAAACAGGAAGUAUUAGUAGUGCAACGGAAGUGACGCAGUUGACGACAACACCUUCUAGUGUUUCCAGGUUUUUCCGGCCUCAAGGUCUGGAUGGGUCACCAGGUGUCGCUUCAGGAAACUUCUGGGUUCCUUAUAGCGUGCAUAAAGAAGGCGCUGUGGAUGAAAUAGCUGCAGAUUAUAGCGGUGAGAGCGUUCCUGGUACUCCACUCACUCCUUUGGGAACCAAGAUUUCUCCGUUUCUCCUAUCUCAAACAGGAUCUUCAACUGCUGAACGGGGAGUUUCACCUCUGAUUAAGUACGUUCAACCAUCACCACUCCCCUCAAGUCCAGUAAGAUCACGGUUGACUUCCAUGUAUACCAAGCUGGAUCACACUAAGUUUAAUACCGCGAUGUAUCAAACAGAGGAAGCAGCGUCUCCUAGCGAUACAAAUAAUGACAACUCAAGAGGUUCACUUCAAUUUUCUGUGGUUUACAACACACAAUUUUCUUUGCUGUGUGUUCGACUAAUCCAGAUACGUGACUUAAUACCAAGUGAUUUUAGUGGAACGGCUGAUCCUUACGCAAAGAUUUGGCUGCUUCCAGACAUUAGGGACGUUCGGAAAAGCAGUGUCCGUCGUAAAACCCUCAAUCCCCACUUCGAAGAAGACUUUGUGUUUGAUGUUUCUCCAGCAGAGCUACGAGAACGAACGCUUGAGAUACUGGUGUAUGAUUAUGACCAAUAUUCUAGGCACGUUUGUAUGGGCAAAGUACAUCUCCCAUUAGACCGCGUGGAUCUCGCAGAUAGAAUAACACUAUGGAAAGGAAUAACUCCUUGUGAUGAAGUAGACGACCAGCCUGAUAUGGGAGACUUGAUGUUUUCUCUGGGUUAUUUGCCAAGCGCUGAAAGGCUGACCGUUGUUAUACUAAAGGCCAGAAAUCUAAGACCUGCGGAUGAGAGUAAAAAAAUACUAGAUCCGUACGUGAAAGUGUCAUUGUUUCACGACGGGAAACGAUGCAAAAAGAAAAAGACUUCAACGCAGAGAGGAACCAUUAACCCCGUUUUCAAUGAAGCCUUGACAUUUAACGUAACAAGGGAAAUCUUGAAGACUGUUACACUCGAGUUCACCGUAAUGAAUGACAACAUUCUAGGACAGAAAGAAAAUCUGGGAAGCGUUGUGAUUGGUCCACAAUCGAAAGGAGACGAGGCAGCUCACAUGAGAGAUAUGAUAGCCUCUAAAACAGCAGUGGCGAUGUGGCAUUCGUUAAUGCCUUCGCGGUCAGAUCAGGUUUUCUCAAUUUCGGGGAAAUAAAUUACCGAACUAUGACCUUGAAGCAAAACACACACACACAUUAACGAACCAACGUUUUUACAUUUAGUACAUAUCAGUUCGUAUAAGCCUCUACUUCAAUAUAUACGACAUUAAAUAUAAAAAUUCAGCUCGACCAAUGAGGCGUUUUAAAUUGCUACAACCUAUCACUACACUAUACACACAGAACUAAUGAUAUCAAUAAAGUAUUCUAAACGUGGGUUAAACUGACUAUAAUUUUACAAACUAUUACCCCACAACACACGGAGCUAAACCAUAACCUAUCACUACACUACACAUACACAGAACUAAUGAUAUCGAUAAAGUAUUCUAAACGUGGGUUAAACUGACUAUGAUAUUAUAACCUAUCACUGCACUAUACACUCAGAACUAAUGAUAUUGUUACGUCUCCGUUUGUUAAUUGAUUUUUCCGUAACUUCGUUCCGACGAAACUUGCGACACAAGUUCUUUACUUAAUAAACUGAUUUAUUCUUUCCGAAUAUAACUUUACCGA